GGGUUGAAAUUCAAGGACAAUUUUUUUCACCAUUUUUCAAGAUUGUUUAAAUCAUAAUUGAAGUUCUAUACUGAAGUGCGGUAGUUUAAUGUGAGGUAGACAAUCGGAUCGUCUGCAAACAGCGGGACAUAUGCUCUUGCCACUUCAUGGCAGGCCCUUAUAGCAAGGAAAAGACAUGGAGCGAUGAACCAUUCCUGUGGCGCCCGGAGGUUAAAGGCGUUUUCCUUUUCGACCCGGACUCGCUGAAGAAAAUUCUGUGAAAAAUGAGUGGCCGUUCAGAAGACAGACGCACUCCAAAGUCUGGCACUGAUAACAAAAGUUCAGGCAGAGGUUCCUCAAGAUCUGGAAGUGGAGGGAAGAGUUACAGAGAACAGCGGUACCAGGCGGGUAGAGGAAGUGGGCGAGGCCCAAGAGGGGGCGGGGCCAGUGACAGGGAUAGGGAUUCACCUGCAGGGGCAGCGUCUUCAAGUAAAACAAGCGAAAAUGGUGGCGGUGACAUAAAAAAGACCAGUAACGAGAGCUGUCCCCCUCUGAAAGCCCUGUCAGCCGCUGACUUAGAGGCACAGUGGCAGAAGGAAGAAGAGGAGAGGCAGGCUGAAGAAAGGAGGAAACAGGAGGAGGAAGAAAUGAAGAAGAAGGCAGAGGAAGCGGAAAGAUUGAGGAAAGAGGCGGAAGAAAGAAGAAUUGAAGAAGAAAGACUACAGAAAAUAGCAGAAGAGAAGAAAUCUAUAGAAGAUUAUGUCGCAGACAUUCAAGCUAGAAAUGAGGAAAAACUACAGUUAAGAAAAGAUAACCUUAGUGCUGAAGAAAGAAGACCUGAAGAAAGCUUUUUCACUCGACUUGACUCAAGUUUGAAGAAAAACACAGCCUUUGUGAAAAAAUUGAAAGUUCUCAGCGAGUCACAGAAGCAGAGUCUCACAAAGGAGUUCAACAGUCUCAACCUGACAAAAUAUGUUGGAGAGGCGGCUGCAUCAAUCACUGAGGCCAAACUGAAGAUGACAGAUAUCAGCUGUGCUGUAUACAUCUGCAGCAUAAUGCAUCAGCGCUACGCAGAGUUCGCUCCAAGUCUUUUGGAAAACUGGCAGAAAUAUUUCCCAACAAAAAAGGAUGAAAAGAUCAGCAACCCCAGCAAGUACCGUGUAGACCUGCGGUUCUUUGCUGACCUGGUCUCAGUGGGCUUGUUCAGGGACAAGGAGGGCCUACUCCUACUGGCCAAUCAGCUUGCGAUACUCAUCAACAACGACAAGGAGGAGCACAAUAACCUCGCCAUCCUCACCAGCUUCUGCAAGCACUGUGGAGAUGACUACGCAGGUCUCCUACCGCGCAAGUACAGGCUCCUAGGGGAGAGGUUUGGGCUGGAAAUUCCUCGAAGCAAGGUACUGUUGAAGGAAAGACAGAAGGGCUGCCGCAAUCUGCUGGGUGAUUACUUCAGCUCCCUGUGUAAGCACCUCAUCACCGACCACAAGAACCUGAAAAACAUGGAGAAACAGAACAGGAAAACUCUGCUGACUAAGGGAGAGCUGAGCUGUGAAAGAAAGGAGAGAUAUGAGGAAGCCUACAACAACUACCAGAAGCUAUACUCCAGUUCACAAGUCCUAGCAGACAUUCUAGAUGAGGAUAUGCCAGAGUUGCCAGAAGAUGAAACAAAAGAUGAUGAUGGGGGUUUUGACAUUUACAAUCCACUCAAAAACCUAGAGUUUCAGUAUGAAGGUGACACAGCAGUGUGGGAAGACGAGGAAACAAGAACAUUGUACGAGAACCUACCAGAUCUCAAAGCAUCCAUACCAGGGAUCCUGUACAGGGAGAGUGAAGCAGCUGAGAAGGAGGCUGUCAAAGAAGAAGACACAAGCUUGGAGGAAGAUCUUGAUAGCCUGGAUAUAGAGGAUGUUGAGCGAGAGAUGGAAACACAGAGACAGCUGGAAGAGCAGGAGAAGUCUGAUCAGGGGUCCCCGGGGGCCAAGGAAGGGGCCGUUAAGGAGGAGGAGACAACUGAACAGCUCCUACCACCUGUAGUGGAAGAGUAUGUGAAUUCAAAAAAAUAUGAUGAGGACACUGGCAGUCUCAUGAAGAUUCAGUUUGAGGCAUAUGCUCAGUCGCUGCCCACGUGUGUAAACAGAGAUCUCAUUGAUAAGGCAGCUAUUGAGUUCUGUAUGAACUACAACACUAAAAACAAUAGAAAGAAGCUGGUGAGAGCUCUCUUUACAGUUCACAGAACCAGGUAUGACCUGCUAGCGUUCUACUCCCGUUUUACGGCCACAUUGUACCCCUGUAUGCCGGACGUGGCCAAUGAUCUCGUGACUCUACUCAAGGGAGACUUCCGAUGGCAUGUGCGCAAAAAGGAUCAGAUCAACAUCGAGUCCAAGCUGAAAACUGUUCGCUUCAUUGGUGAGUUGGUGAAAUUCAAACUGUUUCCCAAAACAGAAGCUCUCCACUGUCUCAAGAUGCUGUUGUUUGAUUUUUCCCAUCACAACAUUGAGAUGGCCUGUUCACUUCUGGAGUCCUGCGGCAGAUUUCUCUACAGGUCGCCAGAGUCUCAUCAUCGCACCAGAGUCUAUCUGGAUGUGAUGAUGAGGAAGAAGUCGGCCCUGAUGCUGGACACGCGCUACACCACCAUGAUCGAGAACGCCUACUACUACAGCAACCCGCCCGACACACCCCAGGUGGCCAGGAAGGUGCGACCACCCAUGCAGGAGUACAUCAGGAAGCUCCUCUUCAGGGAUCUCUCCAAGGUCACCACCGAGAAGGUGCUGAGACAGAUGAGGAAAUUGAACUGGGACGAGUCAGAGACUGCAUUUUAUGCCACCAAGUGCCUGAUAGCAGUGUGGAAUGUGCGCUUCAACUCCAUACACUGUGCAGCUAACCUGCUGGCUGGGAUAGCACCAUACCAUGAGACAGUUGCCAUACAGGUGGUGGAUGGAGUGCUGGAAGACAUAAGACUUGGAAUGGAGAUCAACCAUCCCAAGUACAACCAGAGACGUGUGAGCUGUGCCAAGUUCCUCGGGGAACUCUACAACUACCGCAUGGUCGAGUCGGCCGUAAUCUUUAAAACCCUCUACACAUUCAUCACAUUUGGAGUUUCUACUAAUGAAGAUGAAGACAUGUCUGUGUUGGACCCUCCUGAUCACCUGUUCCGUAUCCGACUUGUGUGUGUCGUACUGGAGACUUGCGGUCAGUACUUUGAUAAGGGAUCCAGCAAGAAGAAACUAGACUGUUUCCUGGUGUACUUUCAGCGUUACUACUGGUUCAAGAGGAAGUCUCCAAUGUGGACGGAGUUGCAUCCCUUCCCUGUGGACGUAGAGAACCUGAUGCAGGACACGCUGGAGAUCAUCAGACCCAAGCUGAAACUGGUGGCUGGCUUCGAGGAGGCAUGCAAGGCCUGUGAGGAGCUGGAGAAUGAGUUCAAGUCCAAAAUAGCUUCCCUACUUCCAAUUGUGGAGACAGAAGACACAGAGGCGGGUGACGGGGAGGAGGGAGGGCUGACCACUAUACAGGAGACGGAGGAAGCAAUGGAGUUCAGCCAGUCUGAGAGGACGUAUGAGGAGGAGGAGAGUGAGCGCAGUCAGAGCCAGGGAGACCAGACAGGCUCACAGUCACAGUCACAGCUCAACCAGCACACGGGCUCUGAAGGUGAGGAGGUGGAGGGUGAAGAGGGGGAGGAGGAGGAGGGGUACAGUGAUGAUGAGGGUGAGGACAUGGACACAGACCAUGAGGAUCGUCAACAAGAUGACCAGGUUAUUCUGAAGAAUUUACCAAAGCGUAUCGAAUGCCAGGAGGACGAUGAUUUCAUGGCAGCGUUUGACAAGAUGGUGGAAGACACGUCCAAGGCAAGGAAUAACGAGUCCCUAAAGGUGCCACAGUUUGAUGUCCCUGUUCCAGUGAAUGUGAAGACCACCAAGAAGAAGUUUGAUUUGAAUCCUGAACCUGCGGAAGAAAACAUUAUCAAAUUUACAUUGAUUACAAAGAGGGGAAACAAGCAACAGUUCUCAGAUUUGAAUGUGCCAGUCACCGCAGAAUUUGCCACCAAGUUCAAAGAAAGAGAAGAGCAAGAGCGAGUGGAGAAGGAGAGGAUGAAGCAGGUCGUGUUGGGCAUCCAUGAGAGACAGGAGGAGGAGGACUAUCAAGAAAUGCUGGCAUCCUUGAAUCGCCCAAUGCUGAUCAACAACAACCGAGAAAGGCGAGUCCGAUACCAGCAUCCAAAGGGAGCCCCAGAUGCAGAUGAAAUCUUUGGCUCCAAUACAAAAAGUAAGCUGAAAUGUGUUACUAUCUUAAAACGGUGAACGGUUCAGAUGCAAACAUACAGGCUUCAAUUUACGUACAUGACCUAGGGUCAACGUGAAACUAAAGAUUAUGAAGACUUAUGGGUCUGGUCCAGAAAAUGAGUUUUGUCUCCUGAUUUAUAAAACGUGCAACUGUACCUUGGUACCAUUAGGCAAAGUGCUCAGGCAAAUAAGUGUAUGUCUGUGCAUUAUGACUGUUUUCUGAACAUAUUCAUUCUUAUUCUGGAUGAGGAUGGUGCCUUGGAAUUAAAAGACAUAUUUUGUAAGAUUUUAAUGAAAAACUAAUGUUUAUUCUUGAUUUUUUAGACAUAAGUCAUAAAGAGUCAGUUAUUGUUAUUUCAUAAGUGCAAAAUGCAAGUAAACCAAUGCUUCACAUUGUUUUCUGUGUAAUAUUAGCAUAACAAAUAUUUUAGUCUAAAACAUGUGUAAAUAAGUUAUUUGCGUGUUUUUCUUGGGUACUUUUUGUUUGACUGACAACAUGCGUUAUGUUUUGCUGAAAUGGCAUUGCAAUGCCAACUGAUGUCAUGUAUUGCCCACAAUUUUCUGGUUUCAUUAUGACAUUUACAUAAAUAUUAAUUACUUCUAUCAUUUAAAAGCAUGUGAUAAAACAGAUCUAACACUGGUUAUCAUUUCAUACCAUGAUUUAUUAACUCGUCUUGGAAAUUUGUAAAAGAUUCUUGAACUUUUUUAAUAAAAGAUUGUAUGAAAUUACAACUUUUGUCUGAUCCUUUGUGCAUUUACAUUUUGUGAAUGAAAAUACUUAUUACAUUUAUUUCUUAGUAACUGUAGUUUUUAAUUGCCCUGUAUCCUUUUGAUUAUUUUAUAUCAUCCAUAGAUUAAUUUAAGUCAAAUGAUUUUCAUAAGUUAGAAUGUGUUUCUACAUAAAGAACAUUAAACAGCUUGCUUUAAUGUUAAAUCCAUUCUUGUCUGUGGAAAGUUAUUUCUUGAAGUGUGGAAAAUUGAAUAUUGCUUCUGUUUAUUUAUGCUUGUUUGAAUAUUUGUUAUUUUAUUAAUGAAUUUACAUAAUAAAAUGCAAUACAUA